AUGCCAGGCCUGGCCACCCAGAAGAACACGGACCUGGCCCAGUCUGACAUCAGGAACCUCAUGCCCAAGAGUCUCUCAAGGGCAGUGGUGCACGGCUUUCAGGAUGAGAGCUCCGAGAAGCUGGACCCCGUGGAGCAGGGGCUGUGUUGGCCCACAUCGGCGGCCACGACCACGGGGCUAGCCGUGAACAUAAAAGGCACCUCCCCAUUCAUGGAUGCACUGAUGGCUAAUGGGACGACCUCCCUACAAACAUCAGUCACGGGCGUGACGGCCCGGAAGAGGAAGUUCAUCGAGGACAGGCAAGACCAGCCAUUUGACAAGCUGCUGUGCUUGCACGUGCAGCAGAUGGAGAGCGCCUCCAGGUACCAGGACAUCAUGGUUCAGAAGCAGGAUGGCUUCACCCACAGCCUGCUGUCCACCAACUCGUCCGAGAACAACUCGCUGAACCCGGACGUCAUGAAGGAGCUGCAGAGCGCACUGAGCACGGCCGGGGCCGACGGCAGCAAGGUGGUGCUUCUCAGCGCCGUGGGCAGCGUCUUCUGCUGUGGCCUGGACUUCCUUCACUUCAUCCGGUGCCUGACAGAUGACCGCAAGAGGGAGAGUGCCAGGAUGGCUGAGGCCAUCAGAAGCUUCCUGAACACCAUCAUCCAGUUCAUCAAGCCUACUAUUGUAGCUGUAAUUGGCCCGGCCAUUGGGCUAGGAGGAUCCAUCCUGCCUCUUUGUGACCUGGUCUGGGCCAAUGAAAAGGCGUGGUUCCAGACGCGCUUUACCACCUUCCUGCAGAGUCAAGACAGCAGUUCCACGAUCAUGUUCCCCAAGUUUAUGGGAGGAGCAUCUGCCAAUGAAAUGCUGCCCUGCGGGCUGAAGCUAACAGCACAGGAGGCGUGCGGCAAAGGGCUGGUCUCCAGGGUAUUCUGGCCUGGGGCUUUCACCCAAGAUGUCAUGGACCAUUUCAAGGAGCUCGCCUCUUGCAACCCCGUCGUGCUGGAGGAAUCCAAGUCCCUUGUGCACUGCAACAUGAUGUUCGAGCUGCAGCAGGCCAAGGAGCAGGAGUACAAGGUGCUGAAGUAG